GAUCGAGUUCUGUUGUGGAGAGAGGUGAGAUCAGCGAGAACACAAGGCCAGCUGACGAGAGAAACAGGAAAGAGCAGGGAAACGGACUAAGGCAUAUAAAGCCAAUUAUUUACGUGUAAACAAGAAUGUCAAUGUCAGGUUCGCCACAGCAGUUACUGAAAGGACGAGAAAUUCCAAGCAGACGUAUAGUUUUAAACGAUAUUUCGCAGCUACCUCAUGAUUACAGUACGACCCCUGGAGGAUCCAUAUUUUCUACUACCCCAGGCGGUUCCAAGAUUUUCUACGAACGUUCGUUCUUGCUGCAGUGUCGAAACUCACCAUUGACAAAGAGUCCUCCACCAAAUAUGGCCAAGAUUCCCGGAGUUACAGCGCCGGGAACUGUCGAUAUGCCACUGGAAAAUGGCAAUGUUACGGAUGAAAAUCAAAAAGUAAAACCAACUGGAGAAAAGGCUGAACAUGAAGAUGGGCCACAGUUUGAGAUGGACAUAUGAAUUCACCACCCAGUAUGCCUUUCAGUUAUAGCUUCCAUUGGUGAUGUCCACAGGAAUUCUACCAGUUUGGAAGUGCUCUUUCGUUGCGAACACUGUUUUUUUUUUUUUUUUUUUUCUAGACAGCUUUUCCAAAUUUGGCGUUCAUACCCUUUUAAGAGGAUUGUGUUGAGCGAAAAAUUGGGAAUUACAUUGAAACCAGGCUACAAAUCGGAAAAUGUUUUGUUUCCAAUACAAAGCAGUUUGUCCAUUCCUUGACAUUUGUAUGCAGAAUUGCCACCAUGUCGAUGCUUUAGACCCAACAUGACGCCGUUAGUAGCCUGUUUCACUGUUAAAGAUUGGACAAGGUGUAGUACAUGUGAUGUCCAUGUCAAGUGCAGCAUUGUUUUUUUAUUCCUUUUUAAUUUGGCAAUAUUGUAUUGAGAAUUGUCAAUUUGGUAGCAGAUUUGGGGGAACAGAACUCUGGGAAACUUAACCAUGCAUCGAUGGGUUUCUUCCCGCUCUACCAAUGAGAGGUAUUGAAGUGGAUGAUAAUGUGUAUGCGAGAUGGCAGUGCAUUAAAGACCCAUUCCCUGAGUAUAUAUGAAAUCCUUUUUAUACAGUAUGAUUGUUUCUUUUUACAUUGUUGUCAGGGAAUAUGAGAGAGUUAAGGUGUGUGCCAUCUUGACACCAUUGAAGGAAGCCCUAGGAGCAUGGGUAGCCUAUAGAAGUGAUGAACAGCUCAAAGUUUCAGCAAAUUGAAAAAAAUUCAGGACAUUUUUUUAAGUUACCGAAACUGCAAACAGUUUUGUUCUCCUCCUUUGUAUCGAUAGAAAAUAAGAUAUUUCGAGCCCAAGAGGGCAUGUGAUAGGGUUAUUAUGUCAUUGCGUAAAAAUGGCUGAAAUGGUGCAUCUAGUUAUUCUUCUCAGUGAUACAUUACCUAACCUAGCUGGUUGUCUCAAAUACGUACUGCAUUACACAGGCUUUUCUCUACAAUUUGUGAGAGACUUCUAGACAAGUUACAUUACUGAUUAGCAAAUGUAGGAACAACUGCAUAACCAGCUUGAUAACAUGAACAAUUUCCAAUACUGAAAAAUGUGACUCUCCUGUGUUUUAAAAUCUAAUGGUAUCAAUGUUUUAAGCAAGUGAAUUGGUGGCAAAUGAAAAGUAGACCUAAUACAGAAGGGCAUUAUUUGAUACUUAACAUACUGAGUUUGUUUUCUAGUUUAAUAUCUGUUCAAUGUUAACCAGCAAAUCUGUUAUUAUUUUACUAGAUUGAAUUUUGUUAAAAAUGUCCCCUUAGCCGACUUUCUCUGUAUAUUGGUAAUUUCGUUCUUUAAGUAGGUCCCCUGAUGUUUUUAAUUGUAUCCAUUAUAAUUUUGAUACUACAACAUGGCAACAUUUAUAACGUUUGCUAUAUAACCUCUUUUUUUCUGCAUUGUAUUAUAAUUUAGUACAUUCUGCUGGACUUCACUUUUUUAAGUAUUAUUUAUAAGAUCAUGAGGUAAGAAGAAUUGUGAUUGGUUGUCUGUAUGCAAUGUUAUGGUAGAGGUCGUUCGACAUCUAGCACUAUUUUAUUGUGACAGAUGACUGUACACGAUAUAGAUCAUAAAAAAAAGUUAUUAAAAUUAUGAAAUUUAAA